ACCACAGUCAACAUUUGCCGGUCACCUAGUGCGCAUUGCGAAGCAUAGACAUAUAUUUACUUUAUUUAGAAAAUAAUGCAAGAAAGUGGAUAAAAUAAAUACGAUAAAACUUUAAUACAAAAUAUUUAUUUAUGUAUAUCAUUGGUGCUGAUUGUAUAAAACUGUUAAGUGUAACUUCUGCAAAGCUACGCGAAUUGCUGAGAGAUCUAAUAUUGAAUGUUUAGAUGUUCCAUCAAAUGAAAGGUCAUAAAAUGAUGACUCUGAAGAAAGGUGUACAUAUAAUCUACGAUUUAUUGCUGUUUAUCGGCCUGGCAAUAGUUUAUUUCACCGAAGCUGUAGUGUUAAUGUUAAUUCCUCGCCGAUAUCGAGCAAAAUCAAUCAAGGGUGAAAUUGCUCUUAUUACUGGUGGUGCUAGUGGUAUUGGCAAACUAAUCGCAAUCAAAUUUGCCAAACUUGGUGCUCAUGUAAUCGUUUGGGAUAUCAACAAAAAUGGUCUUGCGGAAGUAGCAGAGCAGAUUAAAAAAGCUGGUGGAAAAUGUUGGACGUAUUGUUGCGAUAUAGGUGAUAAAGAAGCAGUGUAUCACACUGUAAAAGCGGUACAAAUCGAAAUCGGAAAUGUAAGUCUGUUAGUAAAUAACGCUGGAUACGUGUACGGGAAGACUUUCAUGGAAUUGCCCGAUUGGGAAAUUGAACAAACUUUUAAAGUGAAUAUUUUGUCACAUUAUUGGAUUACAAAGUCAUUUUUGAAAGAUAUGAUAAAAAAUAAUCAUGGUCACAUUGUGACAAUAGCGAGUGUUGCUGGACUUUUAGGAAUUUACAAGUGUACAGAUUAUUCUGCGACAAAGUUCGCCGCCAUUGGAUGUCACGAGAGUCUCUUCACCGAACUCAAAAUGCAUGGAUACGAAGGAAUUCAUAUGACUUUAGUUUGUCCCUACCUCAUUAAUACAGGAAUGUUCAACGGAGUGAAACCUAGAUUGAUACCAAUGCUUGAACCAGAAUAUGUUGCUGAAGAAGUAAUCGCGGGUGUUUUAGCAAAUUAUAUAUAUAUAUAGGGGAGAGUCUAAAUCCUUAUUUAUAUUAUUAUUUAUUAUAGCUUAUUACCAAUGAAGAUAAGCUGGGCAUUAAUGUAUCACAUUUUGAAAGGACCACAGAUCAUGAUGACAUUCAAAGGUCGUAAAUCAAAUAAUACUUACAAUGAUAAUAAUAGUGCAACGAAUUAUGAAGAUAUACAUGUGCAUUAAAGUUGUACGAG